AUGCAGGCACCCCCCAGCAUCCGCCUGGUGAUCAUCCACUACUACCCGCAAGAUUCGACGCUGGAAGUGCUCGAGUCAAAGGAGACCGCCUAUCCCGGCGCCGGUCGGUCUUUCGCACUCCGACGACCGUCCCGGGUGUCUCUGGACGAGAUCAGGGUUGGCGAUGACGUACUGAACUCAACCGCAAUGUCAGGGUCAUGCCGUAGCCCUGGCUGGCGAACGGGAAGCACGACGUCGACGGAGGCUUGGCAGUCUUGGGAUGGCGCCAGCGGUUCCGUGGUUAGCCAAGACCCCCCCAGCUUCUUGAGGAUGUACAUCAGGUGGGACGAAGACGAGAGCGUCAUCUCCGGUCCCGCUACGGUGCAUCGGUACAUCCUUCACUACUUCCUGGAGGACGGUACGAUCGAGAUGAGGGAGCUCGCCGACAUCAAGGGAGGCAACUACUUCGAGGGUCGCUUCCCCGUCAUGAUCCGGCGGCAGAAGGUCUUCAAGGGAGGGAGCACGCCGAGCCUAAGCGUCGACCGCAUCGGCGGCGACCGCGCCAUCGCCGCCGCUGCCACCACGCCGCGAUCGGCAAGAAGAGUCAACGGCGGAGGAGCCAGCAGUGGCAUCGGCAGCGGGGGAAGUUUUUUUUCUGAUAGAGGCGGCACCGGCGGGGGGGGCUGUAGGGAUGAUCUAGGAGAUGAUCUCGGAGAAACCCUGUCCCCGCUCGACCUCGUCGUCGGGCGGCAGGUGCUGCUGAUGAAGCGGCCCAUGGUGGUCUGCGGGUGGGACGAGACGGCGCACGUGUGGUGGGAGAACUUGACCGGUGAGAAAUGCGGGAAGAUCCUCGGCCCUUUUGGUAGUCUUGACGCCCUCGAAGGAAGCGGGCGUUCCGAGCCCACGCAGGAGACGGUAGGGACGAACAUGCGCGGUCUGCAAGGAGGCCUGGAGGACUUCAAACGGUGCAUCCAGCCGGGCCAAUCCCAGCCGCGCCCCCCCAACAAGCCCAAGUCUUCCUUCUACGAGGGUCCGCCGCAGCGGACGGGAACAUUGCGGGAGAGAUUUUUCAAGGCGUCGGAUAACUCGGGGAAGACUCUGCGGUUCAUGGCGAAGGCGACUCAAGACACCAAGACGACGUCAACCAGGGACAGCGUGUUCAUCAUCCGCUUCUACCCGGAAGACGAUGCACUCUCGGUCUACACGAGCCACAACCUGGGGAAGAACGCUGGCGGCCUGUACAGAGGAGUCUACCUCGCGAGGUGCCACGACAUGGUCAACGAGGCUACCGGCGAGCCGUUCAAGGCUCGCGACUUCCACAUCGGCUCCGUGGCCAAGCUCCCGAGCAUAUCGCUCGAGAUUGUCGACGUCGACGACUUCAGCCGGCACUACCUCGCCCGGGAAACGUCUUCUUCCGACAGGCACUGGCAAACCGCGCCCAUGUGGAGCAGACUCCUAGCCUUGGCUACUCCGAGCGGGGCCGAGGUGACCGAGUCGGCGGAGGCGAGGGCUACCCCGGGAGCGCACAAACACGUCGGAUUCCAUCCUUUCUCGCCCGAUAAAAGCACCCCCUUCGAGGGUACCAACGGUGAAGGAGCCGGCGCGGCCGAAGAGUCUCUCCAACCCAGCGACAACGGCGGCCUGCAAGGGUUCUCGCACGAGAACCACGCGGCCCGGGGCGGCGGCGGUGCUGGUGCUACCGAUCCGGCCGCUUCCGCCCUCAGGUCCAAAAACCCCUCUUCCUUGUCUCGCGACAACCGCGACGGGUGCAGCGGCCAAAGCUCGGCGAUCUUCGCCCGCCUGUGGUCCGAGGUCAUCGGGGACUACGACGACGACGACGACGACGACGACGACGACGACGCCCGCGCCGCCUUCCCUGCGGGCGACCGAUAUAACAGAACCCCUGGCGGAGGAGCGGGUGAAACCCGGACGGUCGUGAAGAAGAACUCAGCAAAUCGGGAUCCUUGGGAGCGGCUCGUCGCCGCGCUGCGCAAGGUCCGCGGGGUCGACGUGUCGAGGGCCCUGACCGCCCACGAGCACACCCUCCUACGGAGAGAGGUGGCCGACUGGCUCCACCGGGCGCGGGCGGGUCCGGGGAGGGGAGGAGGAGGAGGAGGAGGAGGAGGAGGAGGAGCCGCCACCGCCGCCGACGAGCGGGGCAAGGGGAUGGCUGCGCGGCUGGCCGCGGCGGCGACGGCGGCGCUGAGCAUGAAGGACACGGCCGCCCCGGCGGCGACGGCGGCAACCCCGAGGCAGACCCGCGUGGUGGGGGGCCCGUGGGAUGAUGCGCGCGGGGCGGUAGACUGCGACCACGGCGGCGGUGGUAGGGCGGCGACGAAGUCUGCGGUUGUCAAGGCCGGGGUCGUCCCCGAUGAGAUAAAUCCCACCGCUUGGAGUUUCGAUCACGGGGGCGGCCAGCGAAUUUCGGUGGGAGGAUUCUCGUUUCCGGCGGUCGUGGUGGAAGGGGAGGGGGCAACGCCGGCGACAAACGGGGGGGCUCCGCUUUCGCAGGCGACCGCGGGCGAGGAGCCGGGAGCAAGGGCGGCGAACGGCGGGUCGCAGAAGAGGCUGGAGAGGCAGCUAGACCUACGCGGCGUGGUUCUGGAUGCUCACGAGGUUCCUGCGACCGGAAGAGACGACAAGAUCGUGCGGCGCGCUCUGGCCAGGGUACAGGCCCAGGUGUUCGGCCAAGGGGGCGAGGUGUCAGUGCUGAGGGCGCUCAAGGCGGAGGGGAAGACUCCAGGAGACGCCGCGGACUUGUGGACGACGUGCCGCCUGCUGAAUAUCGUAGCGGAGCUGUCCCGCCGGGAAACCGAGGGCCUGUGGCUCAAGUUCAUGCCCGCCGCCGUCGAAAAGGCGGGGGACGGGGGAAGGGUGACUUUCGCGGGUUUCCUGGAGUCCAUCAGGACCUUCGAGGUGUGCCUAAGGAGGGGGGAGUUGUUGGGGCUGACGAGCAUCGGGCGGAACGGCAACUGCGCCGGACCCCUUGUCGAGGAUACCAGCAAACGGAAACAAACCCAGGGACAGAACCGUUCGUGAGGGCGAUGGGAGUCAAAUGAUUGGAGAAGGAAAGCAUGAGGAGGUUGGUAGAUUCAGAUAGUGCAAAAAACAUACAGUGUUUGUUGUUGAUGAUGCGUCAACCGGAGGGUUGAAUGGUACGUCGAGACCAACAUUGAAACAGAAGUAGUUACGAGGCUACAAAGCAGACAGCGGUAGAUAAGUAGCCUAGUGCCUCUGCGCGUUCAAUAAUCUGCUUGUAGUUGUGAAAGCCACGCACACGUUGGGAUAGUUGGUGAGUCCUUGUUGUUGGAAAAAGCAAGUAGUAAUCGGAGGAAAAGUUGUUCCAGGAUAACGAAAAAUACCAGGCAGAGCGUGCUUUGACUACGCCUUCUCAGCCUCCGGGAAUACGCAACAGUCGGGAAAUUCAAGGUGUCACCCCCACCAUCAUGCUUUCGGUCUCUGGUUGGGUUUUCUCUUGUAGGCAUAUUCAGGGAUUGGCAAUUACUGGUAGUGCCGCGCAUGUAGCGAGGCAAUGACUUGUGGUGUUCGAACUAGAGGGAAA